AUGUCGGACGAGUCGAAGGGGAAGACCUUCCCCGACGUCUCUGCGAAACUCUCUGCGCUUCCAAAGAAAUCACUUUUUGAGCGUCAAAAGGCCGAAGCGGAGGCCAAACGCGCCCGGGAAAAAGCAGAGACAGCUGCAGUCUAUGAGGAAUUUGUCAAAUCAUUCGAAGAUGAGGAUUCAGUUGUACCACAGUCAUUAGAUGGAGGACCGAAUACAUUUAGAGGCAGGAGUGGUGGCCCUCCCAGGCGUCAUUUCGCAGCUUCCUCUUCACGCGGCAGUGGCCAUGGACCCUUAGCCCCUCCGCCGCCCUCACUUUCACACAAACGUUCCCACGAAAUCUUUCCCCCUCCCCGUCGCGACCCUCUCAAAUUUGAAAACAUGCUUACUUCAACUGAAGCCGACAGAGCACUUGACGAGGAGGAGAGGGCAGCUCCCAAACCCACGUUGUACCUCGCGUCGCUUCCUCCGGGGACAUCUCCGUCUGUGAUCAAGGCAUUGAUCCCCUCGACCCUGACCGUGGACAAUGUCAAGAUUAUCCCCCCACCUGGACAAUUGCCAACUCACCGCGAGUCCUCUUCUGCACUCGUCACCCUCGCAAGCGACUCGGCCGCCUCUAAUAUCGAUGCAGCUGUGAGCACGCUGCAAAACAAAUACCUUGGCUGGGGGUACUACCUGACCCUCUGUCGACACCUUUCCUCUACUGCGAUGAAUUCAAACAUGCAUCUGCCCUCCGGCCUCUCGUCGACUACUACUUCUCUUCCGUUUGGCGCCAAGCCUAUUCCACCGAGUUUCGGCACAAGCUUGAGUCGAGCUCCACCACCAGGGCCACAUCGCGGGGGAUUCGCACCCCCAAGCUCUUAUGGACCAAGCGUUGGUAGAAAUGGCCCAACCACUCAGGUGCAGGUGGAGCUACCGACAGAUAUAAGACAGUUGAGACAGAUACACAAGACUAUUGAGCAACUCGUGAAACAAGGUCCUGGAUUUGAGGCAUUGUUGACGAGUCGGCCAGAAGUCCAGAUGGACGAAAAGUGGGCCUGGUUGUUCGAUCCAAGGUCGCCUGGUGGUGUAUACUACCGGUGGAAAUUGUGGCAAAUAAUCACAGAUCCCAAAAAGAAGAACAUUGAUAAGCCGGCGAUGAUCUUUGAGAAUGGACCGCUCUGGUUACCCCCCAAACAGCAUCUCAAGUUUGAGAACGUCACUCGCCUGAACCAAUUUGUGUCACACCCAGAUUACGACUCAUCUGACGAAGAACAUUCGGAUGGGGAAUCUGAAAGACGGAACCUCGGUGGAGCACCUUCGGACGGAGCCAACACACACAGCGAUGAACCGAGCUUCUUGAACCCCUUCAAGAUGGCCAAGAUUACUCAUCUUCUUGCACGACUUCCGACGACCAGUGCAAAGCUCCGACGAGGAGAUGUUGCGCGAGUCACAGCAUUCGCUAUUGAUCACGCGGCAGUGGGGGCACCCGAGGUUGUCGACAUGGCCAUCCGAAACGUUUUCCGGCCUCUAGCUUACACCGGCGCCAACCCAAAUCGAGAAUUGGAAAAGAAUGCUGCCAGACUAGCGAUCACUGAUAAGGACAAUGCAAUCCCAUCCGAUGAACAAUUGGAUAUGUCCUCCGCAAAGCUUGUCGCCCUCUACAUCAUCUCUGAUAUUCUCUCGGCGUCGGCAACCAGUGGCGUCCGCCAUGCAUGGCGAUACCGCCAGCUGUUUGAAAAUGCUCUGCGCUCACGCAAGGUGUUUGAACACCUUGGCCGACUUGACAAGGACCUGAAAUGGGGACGACUGAAAGCAGAGAAGUGGAAGCGCAGCAUUGGCUCCCUUUUACAUCUGUGGGAAGGGUGGUGUUGUUUUACGCAAUUGAACCAGGAGCAUUUUACCAAAGUGUUUGAAAAGCCACCGCUUACAGAAGCAGAAUUACAGAAGCAGAAGGAGACAGAGAAGGCCCAUGCAGAUCAAGCUGCUGUUGCAUUUGCCAAAAGCAAGAGUCGAUGGAAGACAGUUGAUGAUGAGCGAGGUGGAAAGUUUGACCCUACUCGCCCUGCGAAUGAGAAAAAGCUAUCUACCUCUGAUCAUGCAGUGGACGAAUCAGUGAAUGGAAAGGAUGGAGCUGCAAUGGAAAUCCGUGAACUGAAGAAUGUUGAUGGGGAGUCCAUGCUUAAGGCGCCGUCAUUGGGCGAUGAAGAUACCCAAACCGAGAUACCCCAGCAGCUACCUCAGUACUCACCUCAGCACCCAACUCAAUCUGACAAAUCUGAACAAUCAGCUGGGCAGCAGGAGCCAGAAACACGACGACGAAAGCCACGGCCCAAAGCUGAAGAUAUGUUCGCCUCGGAUUCGGAGUAA